AUGAGCAAUUCGAGUUCCUUGUUUUCGGUUCUAACACCAUUGGACCUUACCUACAUCUCUGCUUCGAUGGAUAUCUAUCUCUACGGAUAUACCUUGGUUAUGUUCAUCGGAUUGAUUGGUAACAUCUGUCAAAUUAUAACAUUUUCACAGAAGUUCAUGCAGAGCUUAAGCACAGGUAUCUUAUUCCUGGCAAUGAGUAUAUCUGACACAAUAUAUAUAUUACAAUGUUUAUACGUUGUGAUUGUUUAUGGAUUCAAAAUUUCCGACAGGUCCAAUUACGGUCAAACAUGCCAGUUUCGGCACUUCAUGAAUUAUUUAUCAACUAACUUCAGCGCAUGGAUGCUCACAACAAUCACAUGUGAUCGAUGGAUACGUUCACGAUAUCCCAUCAAAGCCAAACAGAUUUGUAGACCGCGAAUAGCAGUUUAUGCCAUCAUAGUGGCAUUGACCUUCGAUUUUGUUCUAAAUUUUCAUCUACUAACACCAAUGUUCGGUCAAAUAGCACCAGGAGUAACAACAAAUUGUGGUGCUAAUCGAUCAUAUCCAACUUACACAUACUUUUAUACAUACUUUUGGCCAAUUAUAGUCACUCUUUCUGUGACAAUCGUUCCUGCAUGUAUCAUGAUUUAUUUUCUUAUAUCAAUUGCUCACACGAUCAAAACUCGACGGAAUCGAGUUCAACCAAUAGGUUCAACAGCCGCCAAUCCACAUGAACGGCGUCGCGCACAUUAUCUUCAUCGUCAAAUGUUAAUACUGAUGUUUGCGACAUUAAUUCUUUUCUUUCUAACAACAAUUCCAGUGGCACUAUUCCGUCUGACUUUCUCAAUAUUUAAUAUUCAACAAUCAUUCUCGUUUAGUCUUCUCUUAGCAUCCAUAUUUGGCUUAAUAACAACAAUAAAUUAUUCAUUAAACUUCUAUUUGCAUUCGUUAACAUCAAAUCUAUUUCGAAAACAGUUCUUUCACUGUUUUCCGUGUGUUAUUACAAUUACAUCACGGAAUCACAACCGUAAUUUAGAGACAGGCAACAGUAUGCAACGAUACGUGACUCGUGCACCGCAAGGUACGAUCACACAACUUAUGCAACAACAAUUGUACCAUAAUGAGACUGACCUGAACUGCACAACAAUGACGUGA